ACAACUAGUCGUAAAUUGUAAUCAAUCAUGAGAAGUGUAGUUAGGACCUAAACUUGACAUAUAGCAGAAGGGUUUAGGAGCGUUAAUGUAGUUUUUAUCAUAUUAAUAUAUCAUAAAUCGUGACACGGAGGCUGUAUAAGCCCGUGCCACUUCACCACCACUUCAUUUGUAACGUCCACUACUCCACCUGUGAAUUAGAAUAUUGAUAUUGAUAUAAAUCAUGUCAUGUGGGAAACCACUCAAGGUGCUGAUGAUCCAUGGGUACCGCCAGAAUGCCACCACCAGUCGGGAGAAGUCUGGUGCCUUCCGCAAGUUGACCAAGCGUCACCUGGAGCCAGUGUUUGUCUCUGCGCCACUGGUUGUGCCUCCUCGUGCAGAUGGCUCCACACCAGCUGACGCGGACGAGCGUGGCUGGUGGUUCUCCUCAGCCGACCAGUCGUUCGCCGCCUCACAGAAGUCCGAGCUGUGUGCCGGAUUUGAGGAGAGUCUGGCCAUUCUGCGCGAGGUGGCGGAACGGGAGGGGCCGUUUGACGGUGUGCUGGGAUUCAGCCAGGGCGCGGCGCUGGUCGGUCUGCUCUGCGCCCUUCAGCAGCGACAGGAACUGGAGUGGAGUUUCCGGUUCGCGAUCCUGGUAGCUGGCUUUCGAUCGCGGUCGGCGCCGCAUCAGAAACUCUACGAAGAGAGGAUAGAGCUGCCGACAUUGCACGUGUAUGGCGACAACGAUCAGGUCAUACCCAGAGAAAUGAGUGAGGAGCUCGUACAGCUAUACUCCAAUGCCACCGUACUCCGACACGCGGGCGGACACCACAUCCCGGCCUCGGGGAAGGAGAAGCCCGUCUAUCUGCAGUUCCUUGAGAGCAUGCGUUCAGCUGCGAGUUGAUGGUGGUGGUACGGGGCAGAGGUAGGGGACUAUGAACGUUGUAGGUAUUAUUGUCAGAUGUCUGUGCUACCGCUGCCAGUUGCCACAUAUUUGGUGACAUGGCAGAAGGUUCUGUCACUGGUGUCAGCUAUAAUCAGACGAUAUGAUAGUUCCUCAGGAACAGACAACAGUGUGGCUUUUUAUCGGUUGUAAUUUGUAACUGAGUCAUAGCUCUGUUAUCGCGUUUGCUGCCAGUGUCACCAUAUAUUUGCGGAAUGUCGCCGCUGUCUAAGACAUGCAUUAGUGGCCGCUAUGCGGCUGUCCUGGAUACAAUGAUGAUUGCAGCGAUAA